AGGAGGGGGUAGACGUUUGGAUAGGGUCACUAUUUGGCAGGAAGGCGAUGCCUUCUCCUGGUACAGAAAUUGAGCCAAAAAGAGAACAAAUUGGGAGCUCCAAAUCUGGCAGAGGAAAUGUAGUGGGGGGGAGGGGUUCCAAAGACGAAGGAAGGGAAGGAAAACAAGGAACUGGAAUUUGAGGGUAUGGGCCGGGUCUGGAAGUUCAGCAGGAGAGCUUGAGGCGGGAGUUGCUGUUAGUGCUGCCGAGAAAACCUAUGACGGAUAAGGCAGGCAGAAAAAAGGGAGGAGGUUAGGACACUAAAAAAAUAAUAAUAUAUCAUUGAGACAGAGCUGCAACAAAUCGCAAGGACUGGAGGGACUGUGUAGUAACCUGAAUGUUAUGUCUAUGCAGCACUCUUCAGGUUGGAGUAGCCUGACAUCGGAACCACUUGCUGUGGAUUGAAACACAGAAAUCUUGCUUGGAUGGUGGACUAAAAGGACACAGUUUCUUUGUAUAGACUGGAACAAAAAAGGGAAAUUGGAGGAAUAGGAUUUUUACCCUAGUUUGGCAGCUUUGCUGCCCUUUUAUACACAGAUGAAUGAAGACCCCAUUCGGAAAGGCAGCAGGUCAGAGAGCCAGAGGUGAUGCAGCACAUGCAGGUGUGUCUGCCAGUAUGAUGAAAAAAAGGACUUCUCACAACUUCAUCUCGAAUUAGUGAUGCUCACUUGGCAGACACAAUGAUUGGUAAAGCUGUUGAACACAUGUUUGAAACAGAAGAUGGUUCUAAGGAUGAGUGGAGAGGAAUGGUCUUAGCAAGAGCUCCCAUAAUGAACACAUGGUUUUAUAUAACCUACGAGAAGGACCCCGUUUUAUAUAUGUAUCAGCUAUUAGAUGACUACAAAGAAGGAGAUCUCCGCAUCAUGCCAGACUCUAAUGAUUCCCCUCCAGCAGAAAGAGAACCAGGAGAAGUUGUGGACAGCCUUGUAGGAAAGCAAGUGGAGUAUGCCAAAGAAGAUGGCUCAAAAAGGACUGGCAUGGUAAUACACCAAGUGGAAGCCAAACCCUCUGUUUAUUUCAUAAAAUUUGAUGACGAUUUCCAUAUUUAUGUCUACGAUUUGGUGAAGACAUCGUAGAUGUAAUAUUUGACUUAUUGCCAAACAGGUGGAUUUAUUAAAUGUAAAAUAUGUAGACAAACCUGUCCACUUCUGUCCAAUUAUGUGACGCUUCAGAUUCCAGGCAAGCCCGCAACCCCUUAAAGGAAGUAAAAAACGCUGUUUUGUUGCUAAGAACAAAAAAAAAUAAUUUUCCACAUCAAAAGGAAACAAACCACGUUCUGUGAAUUACAACUCAUUUUGCAUAAUGGAAUUUAUCCUUUAGAAGGAAACUGAUCUAGUAGUGGUGAAUUCAAACAAAAGAAGCAUGGAUGCAAGAGACAAACUGGGCGAAUUCUGUAAAUUUUCAAAGUGGGGGGAAAAAAAGGUUAUAAAAAUGUAAUUGUUGUAUUUCUUAAGCACUCAUUCCUCAUCAAUACAAGUCCAGUUUGGUAUAUCUAACUACUUUAACAUAGUUAUCAGUAUGUAUUUCAAGUAAAAGUAUUUUUCCCAGUGUUACUUAUGUCUUAUAAUGUGGGGAGUGUGGUGCUGCAGUUCAGUUAUCCAGCUGCCCAGUGAUGUAGGGUCUUUUUUUUUUCUUUGGUCCCUCUUGUUACAACUUUCUGAUUCAUAAUAUUUUGUUACUUUUUGUACCUGUUUUGUCAGAAAUCUUGUUAUAGUACAACAAUUGACAACUUAUUUCCAUUUUUUUUUAUCCCAUCCCAGUAAAAAGGAUUAUUCAGCAAAUAUGAGUGUUUGUGUGUAGACUCAAUAAUUGUGUCAUGGUUCAUCCAUAAAAAAUACUUUUAUACGAAUAGUCUGCAAACCUUAACUCAACUUUAUUAUUUCAAAAUGCACAAUACUAAGAGGAACAAGUUGCUUUAUAAAUGUAUGUGAAAAAAAACAUCCAUGUAUAUUUUUUUUUUCCUUUUCAGUUUAUUCUAGAGUUUUUGCUUGAAGAUGUAGACCAAUCUUCUGAAGUGAUGUGGAUAUUGGAACACUAUCCCAGGCUAUCUUGCCAAUGGAGUUUGUUUUUCUAACUAUUCUCUUAAUGUUGAGUGUGCAAAUUGCUAUGCAGGAUCUCCAUGAGUAAAUCACCUUACUUGGUCACAGGUUGAAGUGAUUUGUUUUCGUUGGGUUUGUUUCUUUUAUAUCAUUAAUGGUUUGGUAUUUAAGGGCUAAAUUUAAAGGGACUUUAUAGUGCCAGGCUGUACUAAAAUUCUGUUCCAAAUUGCAGCCUUUGCAUUACCCCUUGGGAGGAUUGGGUCUGGCACUGCAUGGUUACUGAAUAUCAAACUUUUUCCAAGACCAAGCACUUUUAUGAUCCAAAUGUGAUGCUUAAGGCAACUGAAUGUUCUACACACCAGAGAAACAGCAGUGCAUCAUAAAACAGGGGAGCAACUUCUUUAUGCGCUAUAUAAUCGCCGGAAUGUUGAUGGUGGAAGAGGAAAAAAUAUUAAUGUAUUAUGCAAAGUUCAUUGGGUUAUAAUCUGCACACAUUUAUGUGAACCUUUUGAAUCUAAUAGAUUAUUUGUAAAUACGUCUUUACUACUCUUGGCAUCUUCCUGAAGGUGCAGCUGUUUUGCUUAUCUGUGCACAAAUAAAGUACUGUAUCCAGUACAAUUAUUGCUUGUAAUACUAGUACAGUUUAAUGUAACUUUAACUGCAACACAGUGACAGAAGGCAUUUAUUGUUCUCUACUUCUUCAGAAUUCUUAAGAAUUAAAGGAACCACGAUCGUAGCAAUGGGCCACACACUCCAAACUUGACAAAUUGUAGCAAUUGCAGUUCUUACAUUAAAUUAGUCAAACUGCACUAUAAGACAUCUGGUGUCCCUCAAAACACAGCUAAAAGUACUUAAAUAUCCAUUGUAGACACUCAAGUAUUUUCCAAAAUUGUGUUGAAACUUCCAUAUCUAGCCUUAAAUUGCGUGCCUCGUUAUGUGUAAUGUUCAUCAAUGCUCUUAACGGGAUACAUUUCCUUUUGAGGAAUUCUACCAUGCUCUUAUUGUUGGUUUCAUUGUGAAGCCACAAGUAAUCGUCAAGUCCUCCCCUUGUAGCUUGUACACUUUGCACCUAUUAAACUUCUUUACAGUAGCCAGAGCUCUUUCUAUCUAGCUUGUUUUAUUUAAACAAGUACUUUUAAACCCAUUAUAGGUCAAAACCCAGAGUUAUUAUGGAGGAGAAUAUUUAGUCCCAGUUUCCUAAACUACUUUGUAUUUUAAAUUAAACUGAUGUUAAAACAAGUUUUUUUAUUGUUUUGUUUGUUUUUGUCCAUAGCUAUUGCACAUUGUCUAGUAAAGGCGAGCUUUUAUCCAGUAAAUAACUGCACAAGAUAUUUUAGUUAUGAGUUUUGUUUAAUGCAUCACUUUAUAUUUUCCAAUACCUUAGAGUACUUUAUCAUAGAGGGUAUUUUAAACCUGCAUCCAUUUCUACAGCCUAUAUCCAGCCCCCACUGCUGCUGUUGAGGGUAAUACAGUCAGAGGCUAUAUGCCUGUUUGUUUGGUUUUUAGUGGGUGCCUUUCUCCUCAAAGAAGCAAACAUUCUGGUACAUACUCAUUUAAAAUAAUGGUUCAUACAAUAUACUCAAUUUGCCUGCAGCCUAUGAACAACAAAUCAAAAAGGCAGCAGUGGAGCCUGAGAAGAGGCAGCUAACUGCGCAAGGUAAUUUUCAGUUAAAAUAUGCAUAUAUUACCUGGCUCUGUGAUUUAGUACUGAUGGGCAUGGGAAGUAAUGCAGUAAACUUAAUGCAUCCCACCAUUAUGGGUCUACAAUUUUAUUUAUUUUUGUGUGCGUUAAACAAAGUGAUCUGAUUCGCGAUAAUGUUUAUUUGUAUAAACUUGUAAGCAGCAUGCAUGCAGAUCGUAAUUUAAAACCUGGCUCCAUGAACCCAAACUAUAAAUUGUGCCACUCAAUAGUUUGUCAUGUUCAUGCCUAAAUCUGUAUUAAAUGUUUAAAUUGGGGUGCAUCAUUUAUUUCUAUUUGUAUGUAGCUGAUGUUAACAUGUUACAAACGCUGUUCUCCAGUAAUAUGUAUGGAGUACACGCUUGCUCAUUUGUGUAGGUAUUAUCCUUUUGUUUAAUUGCGAUAUCCCCCCCCCCUUCCUUCUUGUUCUUACUUGAAUGCAUUGUUUGAGUGUCUGGAGACGCAUUUACUCUGCAGCCAUCUUUUUUUGAAAAUUAGUUAAGGCUCAUUUUAGAUCUGCAUGUUGUGCUUAUGUUAUACUGUUUAACGUACACUUUUGGUUCCUGAUGCUAGGGGUUGCUUUGACAAAUCCAAAAUUUUAACAGUUUUUUGACUGGAUGUUAAGUCUCUGUAAUCAACUUAACUUGCCUUUCAUUUACCUACUCUUGAAUUGUAUUCUUUGUGUGUGAUAUGUAAAUCUUUUCUAAAGAAAAAUAUAAAAAAUAUGAAAAAAAUAA